AUGCAAUUCAAGUUCUUGACCACCGUCGCUCUCGCUACUCUUGCCGUCGCUGUCCCCACUGACCCGCCUCCCACCAACCAAUGCAACGCUCCCAACAACCUCGAAUGCUGCAACUCUGUUCAAGCCCCAACUAACAGCGGCCUUAUCGGCACGCUCCUUGGGUUGCUGAACAUUUCCGUUGGGGACAUCACUGGACUCGUGGGUCUCACCUGCAACCCGAUCUCCCUCAUUGGAGGCGGUAACAGCUGCAACGCCCAAACUGUUUGCUGCCAGAACAACCACUUCGGUGGCCUCAUCUCUAUUGGGUGCACUCCCAUCAUCAUCGACGUCUAA